AUGGCUUCGCCCUACGCCGGCGGCGUGCAGCCUCCCUCUCCCGCUGCGGCGGUGCAGCAGCAGAACCAUUCUCUGGCGUUCCGCGUGAUGCGGCUGUCUCGCCCCUCGCUCCAGCCAGACCUGGCCGCGCUGCUCCGCUUCGACCCACGCGACGUCUUCCUCCCUGAGGACGCGCUCACCGGCUCCGACCCGUCCGCCGCCGCCAAAUUCCUCGACGGACUUCUCCACCCUUCGGACUCCGCCACCGCCGUCCCUGGAGACUUCACCUUCCGCGACCGCUUCCUACUCCGCGACCCAGCCGACGCGCUCGCUCUGCCGGGCCUCCUCGUCCUGCCCCAAUCGUUCGGUGCGAUCUAUUUGGGCGAGACCUUCUGCAGUUACAUCAGCAUCAACAAUAGCUCCAGCUUUGAGGCCAGGGACGUCGUCAUCAAGGCGGAAAUACAAACAGAGAGACAGAGAAUACUUCUUCUGGAUACAUCAAAGUCCCCUGUCGAGUCAAUUAGAUCAGGGGGUAGAUAUGAUUUCAUUGUGGAGCAUGAUGUCAAAGAACUAGGAGCACAUACGCUUGUAUGUACUGCUUUAUAUAAUGAUGGUGAUGGAGAGCGUAAAUAUCUUCCCCAGUUCUUUAAGUUCUCUGUUUCAAACCCAUUAUCUGUUAGGACAAAGGUUCGCACCAUCAAGGACAUCACAUAUCUGGAAGCCUGCAUAGAGAACCAUACAAAAUCUAAUCUUUACAUGGAUCAAGUUGAUUUUGAGCCUGCCCAACAAUGGAGUGCUACAAGAUUGGAGGCUGAUGAACAUCCCUCAGCAGUGAAGUCUGCAAUAGGGGACCUCUGUAAACAACCGAUCUUCAUCAGAGCUGGGGGAGGAAUAUACAAUUACCUUUAUCAGCUAAGAUCAUCAUCUGAUGAAGCCAGUCAAACGAAGUCCGAGGGAAGCAGUAUACUUGGUAAAUUUCAGAUAACAUGGCGUACGAACCUGGGUGAACCAGGCCGUUUGCAGACUCAAAACAUUCAUAGCACUCCGACUGCAAGCAAAGAUGUUGAUCUCCGUGCUGUGAAAGUUCCACCUAUCAUAUAUGUGGAAAGAGCAUUCAUGGUCAAUCUGUGCCUUACAAAUCAAACGGACAAAACUGUGGGCCCUUUUGAAGUAUUUCUAGCUCCAAGCAUGUCGGGUGAAGACAGAGCUGUUCUAGUCAAUGGACCACAGAAGUUGAUUUUACCUUUGGUGGAGGCUUUUGAGUCUAUGAAAUUUAAUCUGAGCAUGGUAGCCACCCAGCUUGGAGUGCAAAAGAUUUCCGGAAUUACAAUGUACGCCGUGCAGGAAAAGAAGUACUAUGAACCUUUGCCCGACAUAGAGAUUUUUGUUGAUGCAGAAUAG